UCGGGCGGUGGGGACGGGACCGGCAAGAGGCCUUCUGGAGAGCUGGCCGCCUCCGCCGCGAGCCUCACCGACGUGGGAUGCUCUGCGGGUCGGGAGGUGGAUGCGGGGAGGAAACCCAGGUUGACGAGAACUCAAAGUGCCUUUUCUCCGGUCUCCUUCAGCCCCCUGUUCACAGGUGAAACAGUGUCACUUGUGGAUGUGGACAUUUCUCAGCGGGGCCUGAGCUCCCCACACCCUCCAACUCCCCCUCCUCCUCCGAGAAGAAGCCUCAGCCUCCUAGAUGAUAUCAGCGGGACGCUACCUACAUCUGUCCUUGUGGCUCCGAUGGGGUCUUCCCUGCAGUCCUUCCCCCUUCCUCCGCCUCCUCCGCCCCAUGCCCCAGAUGCUUUUCCCCGGAUCGCUCCCAUCCGAGCCGCCGAGUCCCUGCACAGCCAGCCCCCCCAGCACCUGCAGUGUCCCCUCGACCGGCAGGACUCGAGCAGCUUCACGGCCAGCCUCCGCGAGCUGGAGCAGUGUGGUUGGUACUGGGGGCCGAUGAAUUGGGAAGACGCAGAGAUGAAGCUGAAAGGGAAGCCGGAUGGCUCUUUCCUGGUGCGGGACAGCUCUGACCCUCGGUACAUCCUGAGCCUCAGCUUCCGGUCCCAGGGCAUCACCCACCACACUAGAAUGGAGCACUACCGAGGAACCUUCAGCCUGUGGUGCCAUCCCAAGUUUGAGGAUCGCUGUCAGUCUGUGGUGGAGUUCAUCAAGAGAGCCAUCAUGCACUCUAAGAACGGGAAGUUCCUCUAUUUCCUGAGGUCCAGGGUUCCAGGGCUGCCUCCCACGCCAGUCCAGCUGCUCUACCCCGUGUCCCGAUUCAGCAACGUCAAGUCCCUCCAGCACCUUUGCCGAUUCCGGAUCCGACAGCUUGUGCGGAUAGAUCACAUCCCGGAUCUCCCGCUGCCGAAACCUCUGAUCUCCUAUAUCCGAAAGUUCUACUACUAUGACCCUCAGGAAGAGGUAUACCUUUCUCUAAAGGAAGCGCAGCUCAUUUCCAAACAGAAGCAAGAGGUGGAACCCUCCACGUAGCGAGGGCCUCUGCCGGUGACCACCAAUGGCAUUUGGUAGUCAAGCUCCGGUCUGAAGAACCCAAUGACGUUAGCAUGAAGAGGAGGAGGCGGAGGAAGAGGGAGCGGAAGGGUUGGGAUUCCCUCCGUGGGGACGGGACUCGGUCCCGCAGCCUCCUGGUGUGAGGCUCUAGUCACACCCACCCUGAGGUGCCGGACGGGAGGGCUCCUGGGAAACUGGAAGAAGUCUCAACACUGUUUCUUUUCAGAAGUUUUGUUUUUGAUCUUUGCGUUUCUCAGUAUGGAAAACAGAUGGAAGUGGGGGGAAGGGCGCGCAGGUCCAGAGAGGGCGAGGAGGGCCCGGCCGAGCGGGUAUCGGGAAGGGCACAGUAGGACUGGGAGCUCCCAGGGCGUGAAACUCCCGCUCCUCAGCGCCAGUGUCAGCGCUGGAAGAAGGGGUGGGGCGUGGUCCUGUUCCUCUCCUUCAAGGCUUCAGAGUUUAAUUUAAGAAUCACCUUUCAUGGAAGCCAUGUCAGUUCGUUUUACUUAAUCCCGUAGGCUCUGGGACUUGGAGCAAACCGUCUCCUUCCACCCUGAGGCCGCCCCCCUUGGGAUGCCGGAUGCUGUGGUCCUCUGUCUGCUUGGUGCUUCCUGAACCCCUGAGCCGCCAACGGCGGGGUCCUGUCCUGCUCCCAGGUUCCCUGUGGCAAACCAUCGCCCGGCUUCAAGCCGCCGUGUCCUCCGGUGUCUGCUAGCUGGACAGCGGAAGGGCGGGAAGGGGCAAGGCCGGGCUCUGCCCUUCUCAGGUGGCCUCGGGAGGCCCGAGUCCGGCAGAGGAGCGCAGCCCAUCUCGUGUCUCUGGGGUCCUUCUCCCGGACGGGCUGUCACCCCCUGCACCCCCAAGCCAUCCACGGCCCUCGUCCGAGUCUGGGAGGUGGCCUGUGAGGGCUGGAAGGAGGGAAGGGGCGCUGCUUCUCAGUCGGGGACUGCAGGGGCAGGGUGUGCUCCGAGGCCGCCUCCUGGGAGCGGUGACUCCGCUGUGCCCCGGCACUUCCCGGACUCCUCAGCAGGAAGCACUGGCCUUGCCCCAAGCCCUGGGCGAGUACCCUGGGCUGGGAAGAACCUGCGGCACGGCACCGGAACACGCUGCCUGGGGGCCCGGCCCUGCUCGGCUCCGCCCCGGGAAGACAUCGCUGGCCGAGGGAGGUGUGCUGACCCCAGAGAGGCCCCUCGCUGUCUGCAGGAGAGCUGCGAGUGGAGUCUUGAGUGGCCGAGAGGAAGCCAUCUGGGAUCCCCGUUCAGCCGCGGAAGUUUAAAAGUACCGUUUGCGUGGCUCCGGACUAGGUCCUGCGGAAGACAAGAUCACCGGCCUGAGGGGCCCCUCUGGUGACGGCCACCUGCGAAGUCACUGGAGAGGAGCGAGGAGUGGGGAGACCAGAUGGGCGGGAGCUCUGCGGGGAGGCCGCCGAGGCGAGGCCGAGAAGGGAGAGAAGGGACCGAGACGGAGUCCGCAGCGCCUCCCUCAGCCUGUGCAGCCUCGGGCCCUCACAGCCGCAUCUUGGGGUCCAGGCUGGAGCCAGUCAGAGGCCCUGCACCCCUGUGAGCCCGGUUUCUGCCGGAGAAUCCACACACUCAGGAACAAAACCAGACCUGGCAGAGGCGCCUGCUCUGUCCCCCAGGAGAAAGCUGAGCUUCGGUUGUCUGUGCCUUCCUCGGCAGAGGGGCUGCAGUUGGCCCUGUGUGGGUGACGAGUGCGGGACACGUGCAGGGCAGGGUGGCGGGGCCCGCCCUCCCUCCCAGCCACCGCUGUGCUGUCCAGGCCGCGGGUGGGCCGGGUCAGUGCCCUCCGGCCCUGCGUGUGGGACCCGCGUGUGACUGGCCUGCUGCGGCCCUGAGGAUGAGCCGUGAUGACAACUGCUACAACCUGCUGUUCCUUGAAAUGCGGUGCCCAGUUGGCACGAGUAGGAGGGAUGUGGGGGACUAGAUAAGUGGGUGACGGCUGGCCUUAGAGUUGGGGGACGCUGGUGAUGAUGGAACGGAGCUGCCUCUGUGUUCCCUGCUCCUCCCUCCUUUCCCCUGGGGUUCGGUGCGGCUUGGCAGGAGGGGUGGCUGGGUGUGGGUCGCUGCGGGAGCUGGCAGUGCCGCGGUGGGGGGCAGCUCCCAGCCCUGCUGUGGCCCAGAGCCAGGGGCCAGGAGCCAGGAUUUCGGGAUGGGGUCCUGUGGCUGCUGUGUGUCGUCUCCAUCUGGGGGCCGGGGAGCCUGGCUGGUCCCCAGUGCUGAGAUUACCACGCCCCUGCGUGGAGGGGAGGGGGUUCGCGUUAGACAUUUUCCCUAUGGGAAUCCUUGGGCUUGGGUUUGUGGGGAGGGGAAUGGGUAAGUGGUUUUGAUCUCUGAUUGUCCACACAGCUGUCCUCACACUGAGUUGUGCUAUUGCAUACAUGUAGCCAUCUUUGUUUUCACUGCAGCAGUGUUUAUCAGUAGUUCAAAUGAUUUAUUUGCUCCUGGGGAGUAAAACCUUUUUUAUUGAAAAAAGAAAAAAAUAAAAAGAGAGAAACGUCCCCAUUAUGAUAGCUGUAGGAUUAUGGGGCCACAAGGUCCAGUCUGCAAGUCCCCGUUGUGAGUCCUACUGGGACACUGGAGCCUUCGUGCCCAGCACAAUGGAUAGGAGGCCGAGGGGCCAAGUCACAGACGGGCACUGGGGACUUGGGUGCCACAGUGAUGAGACAGGAAUGGGUUGCAUUUAAAAUACUGAUUCAGCUGGGCGUGGUGGCACAGGCCUGUAAUCCCAACACUCGGGAGGCUGA